UCAGCAAGAGGCGGAGCUCGAUAACUAAUUCCCCGCAAUCAUUCACCUUCCCAAUAGUUUAUUUUAUUUUAGUUUUCUCUGUAAUUUUGCUUAAAUUUCAUUCCUAAAUCCAUUUGGGAUCGGUAUAACUCUCUGUCGUCUGAUUCUCUGCAACAAGUUCCUGGAUCGAUCGAAGAGUAAGAUCAGAAGAACAUGGUGGAGACAAGGCGAAGCUCCUCUUCCUCCAAACGUCCGCUUUCUUCUCCCUCUUCACCUCUGCCAAACGGGAAACGACCUAAGGCGGCAGAGGCGUUGUCAUUGUCAUCAACUAAUGACACGCUUGGGGAGAAAACACCGGAUGUUCUGAAUGAAUCAGGUCCCGAAUCGGCCGAGCAAGAGGUUAGAUCGGCUGAUCUGGCUGAAGCUAGUGUUCUCAAAUCGGGAGGUGCUGUCGAGCCUGAGAAAUUGCCUGAGGUUUCAGUUGGAGGUGAUUCUGUAAGUGAUGUGGACAAGGUGAAGUCAAAUACGUCUGCAUUAGUUCGGGGAAGGAAGCGACAACUGAAAUCUAAUAUUGGAGCUGCAUGGGGAAAACUUCUUUCUCAGCGUUCUCAAAUUCCUCAUGUUAACAUGUUUCACCCUACUUUUACGGUCGGUCAAGGCCGCCAAUGUGACUUGUGCAUAGGAGAUGCAUCUGUUAGUAAAUCUUUAUGUAAUCUGAAGCACAAUGAGUCACAGAAAGGUAUAUCCAGCACUUUACUAGAGAUAAAUGGGAAAAAAGGUUCUGUGCAAGUAAAUGGCAAGAUCUGCCAAAAGAAUUCUAUUGUGCCAUUGAAUGGAGGUGACGAGGUGGUGUUUGGCUCGUCUGGCAGGCAUGCUUAUAUUUUCCAAAAACUUGGCAAUGAAAACAUCUCUGCUACAACCAUACCACAUCCAGUGAGCAUUUUAGAAGCCCAUAGUGGGCCAAUCAAAGGAGUUCAUUUUGAGGCAAGAUCAGGGGACCCAUCUACUGUAGCAGUUGCAUCUACCUUAGCCUCAUUAUCAAAUCUUAAGAAAGAGUUAUCGCUUCUUCCUCCAUCAGUCCAUAACAACAAAGAUGUAAAACAAGCAGCAGAAAUGUCAAUACUACCAGCUGCUAGUGGAGUGCUAGAUAAAGAUGAUGCAGUUGCUGAUAUGAAGGAUGCUUCUGAUCAUAAUGAUGUAUCUCUUGUUGACAAGACAGGCACUACAACCCCUGAUUAUGCUAAUGACAACAUGAAUCUUGAUAAUGGUGCACUAGAUUGUGUUGAUACAGAAAUUGGAAAGGCAACUGGGGCAUCUGGGGAUUUGAGGCCACUCUUACAAAUGUUUGCUGGGUCAUCUCUUCCUGAGUUUGAUUUACGCAAUAGCUUAACUAAAAUUCUGGAGGAGCAAAGAGGAAUGAGAGAAUCCAAGGAUUUUGAUCCUCCAGUUUUGAUUUCUGCUAGGCGUCAAUCAUUUAAAGAUGGGUUGCAACAAGCAGUGCUUGAUUCCAAGAAUAUUGAGGUCUCAUUCGAAAAUUUCCCAUAUUACCUGAGUGAAACAACAAAGAAUGUCCUGAUUGCUUCAACUUAUGUACAUUUGAAGUGCAACAAGUUUUCAAAGUAUGCCUCUGAUCUUCCCACAUUAUGCCCAAGGAUUUUGUUAUCGGGCCCAGCAGGCUCCGAAAUAUAUCAAGAGACAUUGAUCAAGGCACUCACUAAAUAUUUUGAUGCGAGGCUUCUAAUUGUCGAUUCUCUUCUAUUGCCUGGUCUAUACCAGGGGUCAUUAGCAAAAGAAGUUGAUCCUGGCAAAGAAAGCUCGAAGCUUGAUUGGGCUCGUUAUGUUGCUAAACGGGCUGCACAGGCAGCUGCAUUACAACACCUAAAUAAGAAGCCAGCUUCAAGUGUCGAGGCUGAUAUAACUGGUGGUUCUACAAUAAGCUCUCAUGUUCAGCCUAAGCAGGAGGCUUCUACUGCCUCAUCAAAGAACUACACAUUCAAGAAAGGUGAUAGAGUGAAGUAUGUUGGCCCCUUACCGUCAGCAUUCUCUCCCAUGCAAUCUCCCAUAAGGGGUCCAAUGUACGGUUACAAAGGCAAAGUGGUUCUUGCAUUUGAGGAAAAUGGUUCAUCGAAGAUAGGAGUUAGAUUUGAUCGAUCAAUUCCAGAAGGCAAUGAUCUCGGUGGUCUUUGUGAGGAGGAUCAUGGCUUCUUUUGUGCUGCGGACAUGCUUCGCCUAGAUAGCUCCAGUAUGGAUGAUAUUGACAAAUUUGCCAUUAAUGAACUUUUGGAGGUUGCCGCCAAUGAAAUAAAAAACGGUCCACUAGUUGUGUUUGUUAAAGACAUAGAAAAGUCUAUGGUGGGAAAUCCCGAGACAUGUGCAUCCUUGAAGGUUAAAUUUGAAAGUUUCCCGGAGAAUGUUGUUGUGAUAGCUUCCCAUACCCAAACAGACAGCAGAAAAGAGAAGUCUCAUCCUGGUGGCCUACUGUUUACUAAGCUUGGAAGCAACCAGACAGCACUACUUGAUCUUGCUUUCCCGGAUAGUUUUGGGAGAUUGCAUGAAAGAAGCAAAGAGACACCCAAGACUGUGAAACAGCUCUCUCGUCUAUUCCCAAACAAAGUGACCAUUCAGCUCCCUCAGGAUGAGAAGCUACUGGUGGACUGGAAGCAACAGUUGGAUCGGGACAUUGAGACUAUGAAAUCACAAUCAAAUCGUGCUAACUUUCGCAAUGUUCUGAACCGUGUUGGGCUUGAUUGUUCUGACCUUGACACAUUACACAUAAAAGAUCAAGCACUAACAACUGAGAGUGUGGAAAGAAUUAUCGGCUGGGCAUUGAGUCAUCACUUUAUGCAUUCUUCAGAAUCUUCUGCCAAAGAGACCAAACUGGUGAUCUCCAGUGAAAGCAUUAGAUAUGGGCUCAGCAUUUUGCAGGGAGUUCAAAAUGACACUAAGAAUUUAAAAAAAUCUCUCAAGGAUGUGGUUACUGAGAAUGAAUUCGAGAAACGCCUACUUGCUGAUGUUAUUCCGCCCAGUGAUAUUGGAGUUACUUUUGAAGACAUUGGGGCCCUAGAAAACGUGAAGGAUACUUUGAAAGAGUUGGUGAUGCUACCUCUCCAAAGACCCGAACUGUUUUGUAAAGGACAGCUGACCAAGCCUUGCAAAGGGAUAUUGCUUUUUGGACCUCCCGGUACCGGUAAAACAAUGCUUGCAAAAGCAGUUGCAACAGAUGCUGGUGCAAACUUUAUUAACAUAUCAAUGUCUAGCAUUACCUCAAAGUGGUUUGGUGAAGGCGAGAAAUACGUCAAAGCAGUUUUCACUUUAGCUAGUAAAAUCGCUCCUAGUGUUGUUUUUGUUGACGAGGUGGACAGCAUGUUAGGGAGGCGGGAAAAUCCCGGGGAGCAUGAAGCUAUGCGCAAAAUGAAGAAUGAAUUCAUGGUAAAUUGGGAUGGUUUGCGUACAAAGGAUAACGAACGAGUGAUUGUACUUGCUGCAACAAAUAGACCUUUUGACCUUGAUGAGGCAGUUAUUAGGAGGCUUCCUCGAAGGCUGAUGGUUAACUUGCCAGAAGCUCCGAAUAGGGAAAAGAUUUUAAGCGUGAUAUUGGGCAAGGAAGAAUUAGCACCUAAUGUUGAUCUAGAAGCAAUUGCUAACAUGACUGAAGGAUACUCGGGAAGCGAUUUAAAGAAUUUGUGUAUUACUGCAGCGCACCGCCCUAUAAGGGAAAUUCUGAAAAAAGAGCAAGCGGAGAAGGUGUUGGCAGUGGCAGAAAACAGACCACUGCCUACACUCCUUAGCAGUUCUGACAUCCGCGCUCUCAGCAUGGAAGAUUUAAAAUACGCACACGAACAGGUAUGUGCGAGCGUGUCAUCGGAGUCGACAAACAUGAACGAGCUCCUGCAGUGGAAUGAUCUAUACGGAGAAGGUGGAUCCAGGAAGACGAAAGCUCUCAGCUACUUCAUGUAGAGAGGGGAUUUCUUUCUCAAGUGUAUAGCUUAUUGUAGAGAGAUGUUUAGGUAGUCAAAAUCUUCUUCAUGGUGGGAAUGGGGCCUUAAUGCAUGGAAAUUCCAGUUUCAGGUCCCUUUAGAUUAAGAAUUUCUUUCUUCAACCAGGCGUGUAUCAUAUUUCAAUUUAAUUUUAAUAAUUUAUAGGUGGUUUUGACUUGUCAAAUUUAAUUUAUUUUCUUA